AUGGAGGUCCCUGAGGUUCAUAAUAGCCAUGAGGCUAUGGAGACGGUCUUCUCCGCAGUCGAGUUAUUGGAAACGAUCCUCCUCCAUCUCGACCACAGAGACCUCCUCCUGUCCCAGCUCAUCAGCUCCCACUUCAAAGAUGUUGUAUCGCAGUCCCAUGCGAUACAGCAAAAAUUAUUCUUCACACCAAGCCCGGCUAGCGACACGCCGCAGCAGAAUCCUCUUCUCAAAGUUCUAUUUCCGACAUUCUUCUCGCUGAACCGGCCAGUAAGCCCAGAAUGCUUCUACAACAUUGUGUGCGACUCUGUGGAUUGGUACCGGAAAGACCGCCACGAAAGCGUCUUGCGUCCUGAUGCCUCCUGGAGGCGCAUGUUUCCGGUCCAGCCACCGGCAAAACUAGAGCAAAUAAGGAUUUAUACCCACGACUACUGCCUAUACAAGACUGGUAGUCCUGUUCCCGCGAAGUUCGGGAAUGAAGUUGAGGUGCUGCAAGAGCAUGGGCUAAGAAUGAACUUGCUAUUUGACUUGGUCGUCCAUCUAUGGGGCCUGCAUCCAUCACCCGAAAUGUACAUUCAUUGGGAGAUGUUUCCGCUCCUCGGAGGUAAAGAAGAGUGGCAAGCCAUGUUCACAAGUCCAUACACCUGGUCCAACAGAGAUCUCGUUAACUAUCCGUUACCUUUAAAAGAAAACAUGAGCAACGAAGACCAGAAGGCAAAUAACAGGAUUACCUUGUAUUAUCAGCACGAUUCAGCGUGUGGAGGUAAAGCACCGGAGCCUGAUUUGAAAGUUGAUUCAUCAUUUAACUCGAUGAUCGAGGCCGAUCGCACCAAGUUACUACGUUUUAUAGGAAAGGCCCAGCUCGGUUGGAAUCGUUGGGAUGAGUAUGUUGAUGACGAGGAUCCCGUUGACCGGGACGACACCGAUGACGAGGAAUAG